AUGAGUUCCACGGGAGGAAGAGGCAGAAAAAAGAGAGGCGCUGCAUUCACACCAGACGGAGACACUUGCGAUCAGGUGUCGCUACAUAGGCGGAACUUGUAUUACUUCUCUUACCCGCUACGGGCGUUGUUUGCGUUGAUUCGAUUCCUCGCUGAGCAUUGUGGCGUGCUCUUCGCCUGGUUAUGCGAGGGACUUUCCCGACCUAUGGUUACGAGACCAAAAACACAGGCAAAUCCGCAAGGGAACAACAAGGUGUGCGAGGACAGCGGUGAGCGGAUAAGGAACCACCACAAGCAAGCUUUUGAAUACAUCUCUGUUGCAUUAAGAAUAGACGAGGAUGACAAAGGGCACAAGGAGAAGGCCGUCCAGUGGUACAAACGGGGUAUCACUGAGCUUGAGAGAGGUAUCGCAAACGAGAUCACAGGAAAUGGGGAGCAAUUUGAGCGCGAUAAACGCCUGCAGGCCAAGAUGACUACAAAUCUCAUUAUGGCAAAAGAUCGCCUGGAGCUUCUUGCAAAGCUUUCAGGGCCAGAUCAGAGAGCCACUUAUACAGAGAGUACAAACCAAUCGUACCAUAAUGGCCAUCUACACUCAGUUAGUGGCACUGUGCCCAAAAGGAGGGACUCCCUGACACACUCCAGUCACUCCCUUCCACGACCAAAGCACACACAGAAACCCUCCUCUUCGGGUGGGCACAGCAGUCACCAGCGAUCUCCGAGCUUUAGCGGGCUGUCCACCACCCACACACACCGACCUGGCCCCCAGCCCAACAGCAAUAAGGGUAAAGCCAGCAACAGACAAAACGUCAAACCCCCCACGACCACCCUGCAGAAAAAGAAGGACACGAAGAACCUGAAGAAUGUGGACAGCAAGCUUGCUAACCUCAUCCUCAAUGAGAUAGUGGACAGUGGCUCGGUUGUGAAGUUUGAAGAUGUUGCUGGCCAGGAUUUGGCUAAGCAGGCCCUGCAGGAGAUAGUAAUUCUGCCCACACUGAGGCCGGAGUUGUUUACAGGGCUACGGACCCCAGCACGAGGCCUCCUCCUUUUCGGCCCUCCGGGCAAUGGAAAAACCAUGUUGGCGAAAGCAGUGGCCAUGGAAUCAAACGCAACCUUUUUCAACAUAAGUGCCGCCAGCCUGACCUCAAAAUACGUAGGGGAGGGAGAGAAGCUGGUCCGAGCUCUGUUUGCAGUGGCUAGAGAACUGCAGCCCUCUAUAAUCUUUAUUGAUGAAAUUGACAGUCUGCUCUGCGAGAGAAGAGAGGGGGAGCACGAUGCCAGCAGACGACUGAAAACAGAGUUCUUGAUUGAAUUUGAUGGGGUGCAGUCUGGGGGUGACGAAAGGGUGUUGGUGAUGGGUGCUACCAACAGGCCUCAGGAACUGGAUGAGGCUGUUCUCAGGCGAUUCGCAAAACGGGUGUACGUGGCUUUACCGACAGAUGAGACCCGGUUAAAACUUCUAAAGAACCUCCUGGGAAAGCAUGGCAACCCGCUGACUCAGAAAGAACUCUCCCAGUUGGCGAGAAUGACGGAGGGUUACUCUGGCAGUGACCUGACAUCGCUAGCUAAGGAUGCUUCCCUCGGCCCCAUUCGAGAGCUGCAACCAGAGCAAGUUAGAAACAUGGCGGCAAACGAGGUGCGGGGCAUCAUUUUCUGUGACUUUGUGGAGUCCUUGAAGAAGAUCAAGCGGAGUGUUGGCCCCCAGUCACUGGACCAGUAUGUGCGCUGGAACAAGAACUACGGGGACACCACAGCUGUAUGACACCCACCCACAAACACACACACACUCACAGACUGACAUACAUACUUUCUUUGGUGAAUAAAAAAUAAAAAACAUGACCUAAAUAUGGCUCUGACAAUUGGACAGUCAUUUUUCUGACUUUGAAGCAAUUCUUCACACAUCUCACACUGAAAGUUCAUUCUACUGAGCUGUUUGCACAUAGCAUACGUGCAUUACGUCACUCUAGGCCUUACGUCAUGCAUGAUAUACAAUGGGAUCUGUGCCUUAGUUUUUUUUUUACAAAAAACAGGUGCUUCCCUUUUCUCUUGGUUCCACGGCAAUUCUGUACACAGGACUUGAAAUGACACUGCCUGUUCUCUGAGACGUAAAAAUACUGUGUUAUUUGAAGUUAUUAAGUUAAGUUGAAAUUUAAUUUCCUCUGAACAUACCAGGGGAGAUUUAAGUAGCAUAAAUGUAUCGAUCUUCCUUAUUUAUGCAUUUUUCUGCAACAACUACGUUUUGUAUUGUUGCCCAUUCUCCUUUUUGUUUUUUGUUUUUUCACACCCGUCGGCAACCAUUCCUGUUAUUUCCAUUUGUUCAUCAUUUGUUCUUUACCAUUCCCGGUGCAUGUUUAGUCGUUUUCAGCACUGCACAUGUGUUAACUUGUUCCAAGUGAGUAGCUAUUUUCCUUUAUCUUAGCUUAACUUUGUUAAUGCAUAAGAUUAUCUUGCCUUAGCUCAUGCUUUACUUAACCCUUUCAGUGCACAAAAUUGGCCAGGUCCAGCACCUGUAACAACC